AUGUGCGGAGUUUUCGGUUGCCACAGGCACCCCAAUGUGCAUCAAUUCAGGCCAACUGCUCUGCGGAUGGCAAGAGCCAUCCGGCACCGUGGCCCUGACUGGACUGGCACCUACACACAGAACAACUCCAUUCUCGUACACGAACGUCUUGCCAUCAUCGGUAUCGAGAAUGGCGCACAGCCUCUUACCAACGCAGACCAGUCGGUUGCUGCCAUCGUGAACGGCGAGAUAUACAAUCACCGUGAGCUGCGGAAGAGCUUCGAGGGUCUCUACGAAUUCCAGACCAAUUCAGACAGCGAGGUCAUCAUUCCAUUGUACCUGAAAUAUGGUCUUCACAUGGCAGAACACCUCGACGGAAUCUUCUCAAUCAUCCUCUACGACCGUAACCUUGAUCGCCUAAUCGCAGCCCGGGAUCCUAUCGGGGUCAUCAGCCUGUACCAGGGACUCGAUACGACAUCCCCCGAUUCAGUCUACUUCGCAUCCGAGCUCAAGAGUUUGCACCCAGUGUGCGAUCACAUUGCACCAUUCCCGCCUGGCCACAUGUACGACUCUCUCACGGGAAGUAUGACUCAAUACUAUCGACCGCAGUGGCUCAGCAAUGCCGAUUUUGUGCCCACAACGCCCACCGACUACAAGCUCCUUCGAUCUCUGCUCAGCAAAGCCGUCGAACGACAGCUCAUGUCAGAAGCUCCAUCGGGCGUACUGCUCUCUGGAGGUCUUGACUCUAGCCUGAUUGCGUCGAUAGCACAGCGUAUGACUUCAGAACGUGGAGGCGAGAGACUUCACUCGUUCUCGAUCGGGCUUGAGAAUGCGCCCGAUCUUGCUGCAGCCCAGAAAGCCGCCGAAUACAUCGGCACAAAACACCAUACCUUCACUUUCACGGUAGAGGAGGGACUCGAGGCGAUCAGCGAUGUCAUCCAUCACCUGGAAACGUUCGACGUGACCACCAUCCGAGCAUCGACCCCGAUGUACCUCCUCAGCCGCAGGAUCAAGGCGCUGGGCAUCAAGAUGGUCCUCUCUGGAGAGGGAUCCGAUGAGAUGUUUGGCGGUUACCUCUACUUCCACAAUGCACCGGAUAGCCAUUCAUUCCAGCUCGAGUUGUCCCGACGAAUUCAGAACCUGCAUUUGGCCGACUGCCUGAGAGCCAACAAGUCAACGGCAGCCUGGGGUGUUGAGGCUCGAGUGCCAUUCCUCGAUACGAACUUCUUAGAUGCGGUGAUGGAGAUCGACCCAGCCGACAAGAUGAUCAAGCCCGGCCGGAUGGAGAAGUACAUUCUCCGGAAGGCUUUCGACACCUCGGACGAGCCUGAUGUCAAGCCAUUCCUUCCCGACAGCAUUCUUUGGCGUCAGAAAGAACAAUUCAGUGACGGUGUUGGAUAUAAUUGGAUCGAUGGUAUCAAGGAUAGAGCGGCUUUGGUGGUUACGGACGAGAUGAUGCGAAAUCCGAAGCCAGAAUGGAAAUCAGAUGUCCCUGACACCAAAGAGGCGUAUUGGUUCCGCUGCAUGUUUGAUGAGCACUUUCCGGAGCACUGCGCAAGUACUGUCGCGAGGUGGACGCCAACUUGGAGUAAAGAGACUGAUCCGAGUGGAAGAGUAAUUGGCGCCCACUUGGACUCGACUCUUGCUAGCGGUUAAUGCCGAUCGGUCUUUAUCAUGAAAUAAAAGUACGUC